AUGAAUCGUUCCAGGAGACUCAGAGCAUCGUAUCUGAAGUCAGCUAUCCAUCAAGAUACGAGACUAGUGAGCCAAGGAAAAGUUGCCGAAAAUUUUGCUUCGAGCAUCAAUAGUAUUGAGGAUGCAUUGGCUGAGAAGCUUGGGGUUGUCAUGCAAGCAGGUUCAACCGUCAUUGUUUCCCUGAUCAUUGCCUUUGUACACAGUUGGCAGCUCACUUUGGUCCUUUUCUCUACAAUUAUGCUUCUGUUCAUUAGUAACUUUGGUACUGCUGCUCUGGAUGCAUGCUUCGAGCAGAAAAUCCAGCAGAUUGAGGAAAGCGCGGCGAACUUAGCGGAAGAAGUGUUCAACGGUAUACGUAUGGUCAUGGCCUGUGUUGCGGAAUCGAAGCUGGUUGACGACUACACCACAAUUCUCGAGGCUGCUAGGAUAAAAAAAAUGCAGAAGAGUCCCAUCCUUGCAGUGCAAUUUUCGAUGAGCUACUUUGCUCUGCUCUCUUCGUAUGCUCUUGCAUUUUGGUAUGGAACGAUUCUGUUAAACCAGGGGAAGAUUACCAGCGGUGGGACAAUCGUCAUUGUGAUUUUUUCCAUCAAUCAAGGGACAAACGGUAUGAGAAAGAUUUUGCUAAUCUAUGGAAUUCUCUCCAAGGCGAGGGCAGCCUCAAUAAACCUGAAAAAAGUGAUUAAGAGCACGUCAACUAUCAAUUCCCUUAGCAGUGGCGAUGUAAUACUUGAAAAUAUCAGGGGCGAGAUGAAAUUACAUGAUAUCUCUUACUUUUAUCCCUCCAGGCCUUCUGUCAAUGUCCUUGAUCACUUGAACAUCCGCUUUGAGGCCGGUAAGAUGACAGCUAUAGUUGGCACCAGUGGCUCUGGAAAAAGUACUAUUGUUGGCUUGAUUGAGAGAUGUAUAUUUUACAAUGUUGCUCGCGGACUUUAUGGCACGUCCUUCGAAAAUUGUUCUGACAAGGACAAGCGAGACUUGGUGGUCAAGAGCUGCAUGGAUGUCGAAGCGCACGCCUUCAUUAAAAGUUUACCCGAUGGUAUAGCUCGAGCUAUAAUAUCGUCUCCAGAAAUUUUGAUCUUCGACGAGGCAACGUCAGGCUUGGACAUAGAAUCAGAGCGGAUUGUAGAGGCAGCGAUAAAGAAGGUUUCAACAGGUAUGACGAGUAUUGUCAUAACACACAAGCUAUCCCUCGUUCAAAAAGCGGACCAGAUCGUCUUGUUUAAAAAUGGAACUGUGCUUGAAAGCGGCACACAUCAAUCUCUACUGGCAAUGAACGGUAAAUAUGCCCAACUUGAUGAAGCGCAACGGCUCGACGAAACAAUUCAAUGCACCGAUCAGCCACUUGAAAAAUCUGAAAGUCAAGAAGAAAACAAAAUCAAUGUCACUAAGUUGCAACUUGAUGAGGUGGCACAAUCCACGAAAGAUUUUGACGGCAUAUCUACUCCUGCGACGCUGGGUCCGCCAAGGUCUUCAUUAUUCCAAUCUUUAUGGCUAAGUCUACUGGACCAUCGAGUACUCAUGCGACUUUUUGCAGCGGUGGUACCUAUAUGUGUGAUUGCAGGCGGCGUAUACCCAGCCCAAGCAAUUAUUUUUGGACAUAGUGUUUCCAGGCUUGGAAAAUUCGACUCCAACAUUCAGAAGACGGAAAAUUUUGGGUCUCUCAUGUACAUUUUAGCACUAGUAGUUUCAUGGCGACUGGCACUAGUGGGGUUGUUUGGCAAUGUGCCUGUUAUUCUUUUGGCCGGUUACCUUCGAGUUCGUUCAGCCUCUGCAAAAAGUAAAGCUCUUUCUGGGCCCCUACUUAACAGUGCAAAAUAUGCGUCAGAAGUCAUCGGAGCAGUACGAACAGUCGCAGCUUUGACCAUGGAGGACGAAGUUUGUCUUCAACUCGACAAGAGAAUGCAGGAAUCUCUUCCGGUCUUCUACAAGAAUAUUCUCAUAACAAUGCCGCUGUUUGCCUUUUCUGAGAGCGGAGCUUUUCUUGGUAUGGCUAUAUUCUGGUACGGAGGUAACCUACUGGCCAAUGGCAAGCUGGAAACUGUUGAACUAUGGAUUGUUUUCUUGGCGAUAUUGUCCGGUGGAGAGGGUGCAGCUGAAUUCUUCGCAAGUUCCCGUAGUAUAUCGCAAGCAGACGAUUCUAUUAACAAAAUUCUCUGCUUAAGAUCAAGAGCCGCUUCCAUACCUGACGGAAUAACACCUCAGCAAGAGAACUACAAUGACGAGAAAGGCAGAGAAACCCCAGUUUUUAUCGAGUUUCAAGGCGUUACAUUUAGCUAUCCAAACUCUUUACAACAUCUAGUUCUGAAAGAGAUCGAUGUCUCAAUUGAACCAGGCCAAAAUCUAGCGAUUGUUGGCCCAUCAGGCUCUGGAAAGUCUACCAUUAUUGCUCUACUCGAGAAGUUCUACACAAUCAACGAUGGAUCCAUUCUCAUUAAUUCAUCUCCCUUGAACGAGAUUGAUACCCAGUAUCAUCGCAGUCAAACGGGCCUAGUCUCUCAAAACACCACUUUGUUUGAAGGUACCCUUUGA